AUGGCCGUUUCUAAUCCUCCACCGCUUAACCACCUCCUCUUCCCGCUCCUCCUCCUCCUCCUCCUCCUCGUAUCCGCCGUGAACUCCAUCGGCGUCAACUACGGCACCCUUGGUGACAACCUCCCUCCACCAGCUACAGUCGCCCAAUUCCUCAAAUCCAACACCAUUAUCGACAGAGUUAGAAUCUUUGACGUCAACCCUGAUGUUAUCAAAGCCUUUGCCGACACCGGCAUCCUCGUCUCCGUCACCGUCCCCAACGGCGAAAUCCCUUCUCUCGCCGACCCCUGGAACGCCCGCCAGUGGGUCGAGGCCAACAUCAAGCCUUUCCAUCCUGCCACCAAAAUCCAUUACAUCGCUGUCGGCACCGAGGUACUCCACUGGGGUCCACAAAACAUCGUCGACCAUCUCGUACCGGCGAUGAGAGUUCUUCACGCCGCUCUCAUUAAAUCUGGGAUUAAAGACGUUAAGGUUUCUAGCCCACAUGCAAUGGAUAUCCUUUUAUCGUCUAGCCCGCCAAGUAGCGCGUCGUUCCGACCCGGAUGGGACGUCGGUAAUCUAGCCCCGAUGCUCCGGUUCCUCCGGCAGACGAAAUCCGGCUUCAUGGUUAACCCGUACCCUUAUUACGCCUACUCUCCGGCGAAUGCGAGCUUCUGUCUUUUCAAACCCAACGCCGGAUUGUUCGAUAAAGCCACUGGAAAAAGGUACACCAAUCAGUUUGACCAAUUGAUGGACGCCGUGCACGUAUCUAUGAAGAAGCUUGGGUUCCCGGACGUCGAAAUUGUGGUGGCGGAGACAGGGUGGCCGUCGGGCGGAGACCCACAAAAUACACACGCCAGUGUUGGAAAUGCGGCGGCUUAUAAUGGUGGACUAAUCAAGAAAGUGGACUCCGGCGUCGGUACGCCAUUAAUGCCCGGACGGAAAUUCGAAACUUAUAUUUUUUCAUUGUUCAAUGAGAAUCUAAAAGGGCCGUCGUUGGAUGAGAAGAAUUUCGGACUCUUUCGACCAGAUUUCACUCAAGUUUAUGAGAUCGGGAUUAUGCACCAAUCACAGUCGACUAAUCCAUCAUCGAGGCCACCAACACCAACUACACCAACGUCAUCACAGGGCAAGAGUUAUUGUGUACCUAAACUCGAUGCCACUGAUGUUGCACUUCAAUCCAACAUAGAUUACAUUUGCAACAACGGCAUUGAUUGCAGCCCCACCCAACCUAGUGGCCCAUGCUUUGAGCCGAACACCGUGCGGGCUCACGCAGCGUACCUCAUGAACUCUUAUUAUCAAGCCAAAGGUCGUCACGACAUUGAUUGCGACUUUGCUCACACCGGAGUCAUAGCAUCCACCGAUCCAAGUAAUGGUCCAUGUAAAUAUAUUUCUUAACCCGGUUGAAGCACAUAGGCGAUUGCAUCGAAGCAUGCGUUAUUUUAGGUGAGUCCGUAAACGUCAACGUCUUCGGUUAAUGGCUUAACACUACCUAAAAAAGCCAUUUUAGGAAUGAUGCAUAAUGAUCGCUUUAAGUCAAGCCGGUACAGUCUAUUUACCUUACCUAUUUCUUGGACAUUUAAUUUACUGAUUUAUGAUGAUGUGUAACGAAAUAUCUCAAAAGAUAGCCAAUAUGUU